CGGACCUUUUAAUUCAACGAGAACUUGAGAGCUUCACCACUCAUUAUUGUACAUCACUUUGCUUACAGCUACUGGACAAACGGUUCUCUGGAUGGUUCUAAGUCGUUUUACAUGAUAUCUAUUAAGAGGAGGUUGUUGCACAAUGUGUGAUAGCCGCGCACUUUAAUGGUGAACGUGAACCGCGGAUCAUACACCAAGGAAAGUAAUCAACACUCAUUGUUAGCAAAAUGCUGCCACCGCGCACUGUUCUACGGCGUCUCGUCAUCCUCCGACCCUCGAAACCUUCAUCGAUCACUUGCUCUACCACCCGACUAUUCACCAAAAAUACCAAUCUCGCAUACGGAGGGCGACCGCAGCUUCCAUUCCUAUCCGUCCCAUUAACCAGGAAUCAACAAUUCCGAUAUCUGACGACUGAGAGGAAGCGAUGGCUAGUCAGUGAGGUCUGCCGUGGAUUGCAGUAUACUGUCAUUCUCUGGUUCGUCGGCGGCUCAUUUAUUCUUGUCUAUUGGGCCGUACAACAAGAUUGGUUGGAGACAAAAUACCCAACCCCAGACGAAUGGGGGUUCCGGACCCGAUUGCGAUUCAGACUUGCGAGAUGGGUUCCCGAUCAGAUAGACUCCGCGGAAACCGAUUGGGUCACAAUUGGAAAUUACAUCAAUAAUGUUCUCGAGAGAUUAGAGGAUGAGACAAUAGAUGGCAAUGGAUUGAAGCCCGUGGUAGAUAACACCGAGGGGGAGUCACAGGCGGCAACUGCAUACGAUAUAACAGCAAAGAGUGAACCAUGGAGAAGGGGUUACUAUGAGGCACUGAUGUUAUGUGCCAAGGCAGCCGAGAAUCUCGAUGAUCAGGUCGUAGACAAAAGCCGACACUUAGUAUUCCCAGCCGACCAGAUAAUAGGACCUUCUAACCCUAACCCGAAGCCUAUCCGCCAUGGCUCGCCGAGUGCUCCCAUCGAGCAAGAUUGCGAAUCCGCGUUCGAGAAGCCUAGUGUUCUGUACCAGAAGAUCUUAGCUACGAAAGGAUUCACAUUCAAACAGAAGAUGGAUGCCGCGUUAGAAUAUGCCUCAUUUCUAGAUUUCAGGGGAUCAUCCGAACUUGCCUCUGCCAUGUACGAUAAGGCAUUAGCGCUAGCCACGGAAAACUCACCACGCCCAUACGAUAUCAAAGCCUACGUACUUCAAGAUGUCACACACCACCCAUCCGCAAACCUCCUCAACACACUUACCGCCCUAGCCACCCACAAAGCUCGAAACGGCGACAUCACCACCGCCCUCCCCAUCCUAAUCUCCAUCCUCCGCGCCCGCCGAUCCCUACCCCACCCACAGCCCAACAGAAAACCAGCGACCGAACAAACCAAAACCUCGAUCUGGUCUAUCUGGAACGUAGUCGGCCUAGUCCGGCGCUUUAUCUACACACCAGUGUACCCUCCGCCCCCACCCGACGGUUCCGCCCCGCCCGUCCGCGACGCAAAGGAGCUCUGCGAGGAAGCUGGUCUGAACUUAUACAUUGGGGAGAUAAUCUACGCAUCUUCUUCCAAGGCCGGUAGUCGCGAAGACGGGCUCGCAUGGACGCGCGAGGCCAUCGAUCUCGCGGAAGAGCAACUACACAGGCUUAACAACAGCGAUGAUAUCGACGCCAACGAAAGCGACGACGAUGGCGCCAAGGCCGAUGCUAAGAAGACAUGCAAGGAGUGUCUAGGAAGCGGACUCGACAAUUGGCGCACCAUGGUCGCAACACUGGCGCGAGAAGAACGAGAUAGGGAGGCCCAGGAGCCGGCUAAGACGGGCAGCGGCUGGUUAGCGGGAUUAUGGGGCGAGGGGACCGUGGACCAGGUUAUGCGAGGCCGAUGGGCGGCGGAGGAGAAUGUGGUGAAGGAGCGGACGAAGAGGGCGAUGGAGGUGCUGGAGGAUAUUGAGGCGCCGAAGGCUGGGUUCUUGUCCUUGUUCACUGCGUGACGAAAUGUGGGGU